CAACCCUUACACCCAACACAACAAAGUCACAUACGGUACUAGGAGAGUAACAACCCUUACACCCAACAACAACAACAACAAGAGGAGUCAUGGCUGACAUUCGUCUUGAAGUUCCUGCUGAGAACUCUGUGUUAGAAGUCUUGUAUGAUGGCACUGAACUAUACCAGCAACCUCCGACUAUGUCGGAGAAUCUCACUCAGUUGGCAAGGAAGAUUGACUUUGCAACUGAUGGUGAAGAAGUAACAACAGAAGAAAAAAAAGAGGAAGAGGAAGAAGAGGAAAAACAGCCUUUUCAGCAGCCUCACUGGCCUUUAGAAGAUGUUAGAAAUAAGAUAAGACAAGCUUUCACAGAAAUGUCUGUUUUACAUGACUUGUUGGUAAUAGUGAAGCAAAAGCCUCCAGUCUAUAUGGUGUUGGACCCUGUACAGGCUGAACCUCUAGAACAGAAGAACUACAUACAGUUUCUUGCUCUUAAAAAGAGUUUGCAGUCUGCAGCCACAAUUCUUUUAAAUGGAGCCGAGAGACUUCGCACCUCUCAAGCGGAAAUGGGUCGGCCGAACCGUGCAGUGCAAGAUUUUCACAUUGAAUUGUUGAGGCUACGGCAAAACUGGCGUUUGAAAAAAAUUGGUAACAAUAUUAUAGGAGACCUUUCCUACCGCUCUGCUGGUUCAAUGUUUAGACACACUGGAAUUUUUGAGGUAUCAAAAGCUGAUGAAGCAUCAGGACCCAAUGCUACAGUUGGUCCAGGAGCAGUAUCACCUGUGGCCACCGUGCCUGCACGUGGAAUACAGUCGUCACUGCGCGUCACUGUUCCCACAGAGUUAAUGGGAUCUGCAUACAUUUUUGUGUGUAUUAAAAAAGAUGAGGAAGACAUCUGCUCAGCUCAGCUAACUAGCAGUGAUUUUGUAGCAGGAGAUAUACCAUGGCAGCAGAAACUAGAGAAGGCUCAAAAUGUGCUCUUCUGUAAAGAGCUGUUCAACCAGUUGGCAAGGGAGGCUGUCAAGCUCACUCCAUCAAUACCUCAUCUUGUCGUCGGCAACCAGAUCACUGCAACGAUUUUUCCUGGAAUUCAUCUUCUCGUGGGUUUAUGUCACUCAGAUGGAAAAAAUAAUGUCCGCGGUAAGGCCACUGCUGGUCAGGGGCCUCCUGUCGUUGGUGGACAAACCAGCAAUGUGGUUGGAGGUGGUAGUGGUAGUGGUGGUUUAGGCCCUGCAACUGUUGGAGGUCCUGGACCCUCAAAGUACAAGCAUGAGCACGACCUGGAACACUCGCUUCACCAGCUGCUGCACCGUGUGUACCACCACAGCUUCCAGCACCCACUUCCCCACCCAGUCUAUGCACCAAUGGGCAUGAGUAAGCGCAGGAGGGCAGCUGGACCAGAAGGAAUGGAUAAAAACCAGGUGAUCAGCUUGAUGAAGGAGCAGACUUUGCUGGAACAAAUAAUACGACAAGUACAACACAAUUUUCUUAGACUAAGGACCAUGUAUGUGAUUGAUCAGUUGGCUGCGGAGUUUAAGGACCCUCUCAUUGUCUCCCACUGGAAUGCUUUCAACUCACCCACCCAAUCAUGUGUAAAAAUAAACAUAGUCACGCAGGGAUAUGACAGUGUAUUACGGACAAAGUUGGUGAUUCACAUCUUUGAAAGAACAUUAAAGUGCAUUUGUAGAGACGGUAAAAUCAUGACCAUGUCCUUUGAGCCGCAGGAACUGAGGAACUUGAUACUUUGCCAGAUCUCUCAGCAUAAUAUGGCUGCUUUGCAAGCUCUGGCCAAGUACACUGGAUGGACACUUUUGUCAUCUGAGCAAAACAUUGGAACUGGUGCAAUAGAGCCACUUGGCAAUGCUUCGACAGUGAUGCUGGCCUCGCCCUCGGGAAACAAGGUUAUCGGAGUUCAUUCGGGUCCCCAUCAAAGAGUUUCAGUCUAUGUGUCAUCGUCACCUCGCCCUGAUUUUUAUCCAUCUACCGUGGUGAUGGAGCAGAGAUGGGAACACCUAGGAUCUAACUGGCAAGAAGUUCGACUUGACCGUAUGGAAGGAAGAAACUUCCUGAAUAAGAUGGAGCUACUGAUGGCAGCACUCACUGCAUGAAGUUAUCUAAACUAGAGAAACAAUUACUUCCUCAUAUUGAGAAUGUAAUAAAGGAAAUAUUUAUGUUCAAUAUAUUAAUUACCAUACAUGUAAGAAAGAUGUACAGAGUAUUUCAUUUUUUUUAAUACAUGCCAUUUCCCACUAAGGAAAAGUGAUUCAAAGAAGGAAAACAUGUUUACAUAUCUAUUUAUCUAUAUAUAACCAGUGAAUUCUCCCCAUUAUCAAAAAGACACACACACACAUGCAAGAAUUUUCAUGAUAAAAAUCAUCACAACAAAACAUCAUGCAUUCAUCCAUACUCACAUCUAAACUUUUCCCAGACUUUUACUUACCCUCUUCCCAGUAUACUUUCUCAACUAAUUAAGCCGCUACAUCUCCCAUCACUGCCCUGUUUUUUCCGCCGAUGUCCUCCCUCUAUGCCUGCACCUCUUCUCCCUUUACCAUCUUUAUUUUUUAAGCUCUAAAUCAAACUUGCUGGAUCAUUAUCAAGUCUCAACUUUUUUAUUAUCACUUAUGUGUUCUCCACAUUCACUUAUUUCCCAAGUUUCUCUUUGUCUUGUAAAGCCAUCUUUCUCUGUUUAUAUAUCUGUUGAUAAUUAUUUAUCUGUUUGUCUUUUUUAGCCAUUCUUAUUGUUUACUGUAUAUUGUUCCUUUUCAUUUAUCUCUUUUUUUAUAUAGGCUUUCUUUCUCUGUUUAUAUAUAUGUUCAUUAUCAUUUAUUUCUCUUCUUGCUUGUUUUGUUCUUAAAAAUUACUUUUAAUUUGUACUUUUCCUUCUAACAGUGUUCCAGAUUGCUUCAUACUUGUCUCAAAGUACGUCAUAAUCCUUUCAAAAGUUUUUACCACCACCAUUCUUACUUCUCAUCACAGUACAGCAUCUACCAUAUUCUUCUCUCGGAUACCUCUCAGUUAUCUCUCAACCCAUUUCAUAUACAGUACUGUGUGCUGCUUAACAUCGGUACUUUCUUGGUCAAUAAAUGAGACACUUGGGCGACAUUUAGGUAUCUUUAUUCUGGAAACAUUUCUCCAGCUAGUGGCUUCUUCAGUCCAGUAUGGAGAUCUGUUUCCAAAAUAAAGAUAAAUGUUGCACAAGUGUCUCAUAUAUCAACCUGUCAGUUUUCUAAAUCAUUUAUUCACUUUACAGGUCACUAAACCUAACUAACCCUUCCUAAAUUUCCUUCUUCCCAUUUUAAGCAUUCCAAAUUUUCUUCUUUUAUUGCAAGCAUUCUAAAUUUUCUUCUUCCCAUUUUAAGGAUUCUAAAUUUCCUUCCUACUUGUUGCUCUCUAAAUUUCUUCCUUCCUCUCUGUCCACCAACUCAAAACAUUCAUCAGGUUUUCCGCUGAAGGCACCACAUUUCCACAAUAGUGUUUUGUACUCUUAUAAAUAGUGAAUGGUAUGUCAACAGUUGUAUGUUCAAUUUAGAAAAAACUAUGGAAUGUCCGGUUCAGGAAGACAAUAGGAAAAUUAUAGGAAAAAGUACAAAUUAUAUUACCAAAACAAUGACUUAUUGUACUGAACUGUUAAUGUGAAAUCAUGUUACAGCAUCUGAUUUUGUUUGAAUGUAAAUUAUAGUGUUUCUUAAUAAAAUACAGAAGUUAAACCUGA